AUGCACUCCAACUCUGCUGGUUUCAGCACUUUAAUGCCAGAAGCUCGUCCAGCACCUUAUCAGCAACGUCCAUACCAGCCCCCACGACCACAGUACGACACUUCUCCGUACGCUAAGCCAGCACAUGAAUUUGGACGAUCUCCCGUGGCAUACCCGGUUCCCUUGCCAGAAUUCAACAAUGAUCCGCCCAUCACCCCCACCAGACACAAGAGUAGCUGGCUUGAAGAAGCUAGAGAAAGCACCGCUAAUUUCAAGAGGAAUGGCUCUCCAGUGCCGCUUGUAUGGGUAUUGGUAGAGGAUAAAACCAUUCCGCCGAACGCUGUACCUUUUGGUGAAGACCGCAAUGGACACACGUUCUUCAUUGCACGUGCUUAUUUAGAGGGAGGUCUCCAUCUUGGAAAGGUUGGUCACCAUACCUCAGGUGCCCUGAUCAGCUUCGUCGGCAAGGAGCACUUGAUUGAAAAAUACGAGGUUUUGGUCUGCGCGUCUCAGCUGCGCUGGGGUCUAGCAUCUCAGGAUGCGACGGGAAGUUUAGUUCCGGGCACCGUCGUCCUUGCUCGUCAGCAACAAGGAAGACAGGAGCUUAGGCGCGCUACUACAACAAACAGUUCGUGGUCGCACGAGACUCGGGAGUCCACAUCAUUCCUUCAGACCACUCUCCACGUGAAUGACAUACCUCGCUUUAUUCCCUCUCUUCUACUGCAAGAGGAAGAGCUGCGGCGCGUGGCUGAGUACAAGACCGUCAUCCUUAUCGAUGAUUCCAUCUCAAUGACCGAAGGUAAUUCUUGGAACCAAGUGCGGGAGGCUCUAGCUGGCAUCGUCGACCUCGCCAUACAAUAUGGAUCCAAAGGGAUUGAUCUUCAUUUCAUGCACCAGAAUACGUUUGCCGAAAAUAUGAGGUCUCGACAUGAAGUCCAGAAACUGUUUGACCAGUUCGGUCCCACUGGCGAGGACACGCCGACGGGAGCGAGACUCGAACAGCUCAUUGAGAUGUACUUGCCACUUAUUGAGCACCCGAACUCAAUUCACGAACCGAUUUCUAUCAUUGUUAUCACGGAUGGAGCCGCCACGGAUGGCGACGAACUAGUGCGAUGCAUCAUCGAGGCCGCCAGCCGCCUCGACAGGCAGCAUAUUCCUCUCGAUAAAUUCGGGAUUCAAUUCGUGCAGAUCGGCACAGACCAAGAUGCCGCAAGGGCACUCUCAGUGUUAGAUGACGAGCUUUCUGAGCGCUACAGAAUUCGGGACAUCGUCGAUGCCACUCCCUUCGACCCUGCUAAUGGCGCAUUCAACACGGAUUACAUGAUCAAGAUCUUCAUUGGAAGUCUGCACAAAGAUCUCGACAAUGGGAUUGCUGAACUGCCCACACCGGAGAGGAGGCCCGCAACAUUGGCGUUGCCUGGCUUUGACAGACACCCCUCUCCUGUUCCGAGGUCUGCCUCUCCGCAUGUGCCUGGUGGUGGUCUGCGCGCCCGAGGGUAUUGA